GUAACAUUACUCAGAAGAAAUGCUGGAAGAGGACGACUUAUGUGGAUCAUAUGCGAAUCUGUGCAUGUUCACAAUGUUUUGAAGUUGUACAAUUGCUAUUUUGAUCCUUAUGACUGUCAAUCUUACUUUUUAAAAAAAAUUAUCGAAACUCUCUUCGAUUAUGCCGGAUAUUUAUCAUAUUGUUCUGUUACUGACCAAAUAUUGCAUUACAUGAAACUGCUCAGUUUGUUCCAGAUCGGUUCUCCUCUAAAGAUCACAGAUUACUGCAAUUUUUUGAAAGAGGAGGAAACGAAGCUACAAAGACCGCGUGAUUUAGCAAUGAUAGUUAUGAAUUGUUGGUCAAUGAUGGAUAAUAUUGGAGUACAAAUAGGACUUCUGCCAGAAUUGGAUAAUAUGCUUCAUUCUUUACAUAAACUGGAUGUCUGGAUUCACGAAGUACUCAACAGUAAUUAUUCAUCAGAAUUAGAAUCUGUGGACAUGUUUAUCUCCAAUUGGAUGAAAAUAAGUGAUUCUUUUCGAGAAGAACAGAGUAUCUGUAAGUCCAGUCCACUAGAACUGAUAACGUUGCCCGUAGAAAGAUUUUCUUUAAUAACUAUCUUAAAUAAACAAUAUGCUAAAUCGUUCAUAUAUGCUCUGAAACUAUUGGUGCACUAUGUUCAGACUUCAGAACAGAAAACUUUAAUUUCAAUAAACUUGACAAAUUUGAUGGUUCAACAAUUGGCAUGGUCAUACAAAACUUUGGAAGGUUCUUUUGAAAUCAUUAAAAAUGAUAAAACCUCAAAAGAAUUUGUUUCCAAAUUGGAAAAAUGUCAUUCAUUAUUAAAAAGUGAAGUUUCGUUCGCAAGAAUUCCAUUAUUGCAAUUAAUUAUAUUAACUGAUCCAGUUGCAGAUACUGAUAAGCAAAAUCUGAUGUUUUGGGAACUUCAACAAAGUUUCAUGGAUAAGUUAAUCGGUAUUGUGCGAACGGAAGAAAAGGGAGAUUACACAAAAGCGAAAGUUCAAAUUUAUGAUAUUUUGAAACAAAUUUUUAGAUGUACUCGAUAUCUCGAGAAAAAUAGAAAAGAUUUUCCACUGCUAUUCAAUGCUCGUUCACUAUUCAAUUAAUGUAUCAAUAUGACGUAAUAAAU